UCAGUCCGGGAUUAGACAUGAAGCUGGCCUAUUUUCCUCCGGCAAAGCAACCUCCAACGCUUCCGAAACAUCACUUACACAAACUCGUUCAGGCCGGUUGGCAGUUGGCCUUGAGAUUCGGCAAGCGGACCACCAUUCAUGGCCUGGACCGGCUCCUGAGCUCCAGGGCCAGUCGAUGGGAGCGAUUCGUUUGGCUGUGCACCUUUGUGUGUGCCUUCCUGGGAGCAGUCUACGUGUGCCUCAUCCUCUCCGCCCGCUACAACGAUGCCAAUUUCCAGACAGUGGUGGACAGUACCCGAUACCCGGUCUACCGCAUCCCCUUUCCAGUGAUCACCAUUUGCAAUCGGAACAGGCUGAACUGGGAGCGGCUGGACCAGGCCAAGGCGAGGUUUAUGCCGAAUGUCACCGAUACGGAGCAACUGGCUCUAUUCGAACGCAUCACGGGCAGUUACGAUGAUGUAUCCUUCGGGAAUUUCCAGUCCUUCGAGCGGCUGAGGAACCAGCCCACACAGCUGCUGAACUACAUAAACUUCAGCCAGGUGGUGGACUUCAUGACGUGGCGAUGUGAUGAGUUGCUUACGGAGUGCCUUUGGCGUCAUUUUGUCUACAACUGCUGUGACAUUUUCUCCAAGAGGAGGAGCAAGAACGGUCUUUGUUGGGCCUUCAACUCCCUGGAGACGGAGGAGGGUCGACGAAUGCAGCUCCUCGAUCCCUUGUGGCCAUGGCGAACGGGAUCAGCGGGUCCCAUGAGCGGCUUAUCCGUCAGGGUGCUCAUCCAGGCUGCCAAACACUAUCCAGGCCGGCACAACGAGAAGGGCAUCGACGUGAUGGUCACGGAGCCGUUUGUGUGGCACAGCAAUCCCUACUAUAUACCCGCCAAUACGGAGACCACACUGGAGAUCGAACCCAUCAUCUACUUCUACGAUAAUGACACUCGAAGUGUUCGCUCCGAUCAGAGGCAGUGCGUCUUCGAUGACGAACGCAAUAGUGAGGACUUCAGGUCUCUGCAGGGAUAUGUUUAUAUGAUUGAGAAUUGCCAAUCCGAGUGCCAUCAGGAGUACCUAGUGGGAUACUGCAAUUGCACAGUGGACUUGUUUUUUCCACCGGGUCAAUAUCGAUCUUGUAGGGCCUCCGACUUGCUCUGCCUGGCGGAACACACUGACAAGCUCCGCUACUCCCACCAGCCCGGCGAGGUGGCAUAUGUCAAGAAUCACGACGAGGGCAUGGUGUGCAAAUGUUUUAGAAACUGCUACUCCUUGAACUACAUUAACGACGUUAGACCCGCCUUCCUGCCACAGGAUGUUUACGGCAACACCUCGUAUGUGGAUCUGGAUGUUCAUUAUCGUUUCGAGACCAUAAUGGUCUAUCGCACCAGCCUUGUCUUUGGUUGGGUGGACUUGAUGGUUAGCUUUGGUGGAAUUGCUGGACUCUUUCUGGGCUGCUCCCUAAUUAGUGGCAUGGAAUUGGCUUACUUUCUCUGCAUUGAAGUUCCCGCUUGUGGACUUGAUGGGCUGCGUAGGCACUGGCGGGCUCGAAGACAGAUGGAUACGUCUCCCACCACAGUCACGCCAAUAUUAAAUUUCCGUCAAAACACCCCAAGUCAACUGAUGGAGCAUUAUAUUAUGCAGCUUAAGGCCGAGCAGCCGCAGCAAUUAACUCAAAAACAGAAGUUAAACUUUCAAAAAUGGCAACGACUCACUUUUGGCAAUAGACACUUUAUGGACAAGUGA